CUUGCUCUGAUUUAGUUUCAAAACUAUGGCCAUGCGAUCUAGUACCUUCGCCUUGUAUCUCAGCGGAGUGCUAGUGGCCGGCAGUUGGGCAAAGCCCACACUGCACUUUGGCCACUGCCGUGGGCUGGAAAGAGGCCAGUGCCGACCCAGCGAUCAGUGUUUGGAGCAGGGCGGAUUCGCCCAGGCCAGGGUCUCUUACCUGAGACCCCAUAUUGCCAAUGGGGAGGCUGCCGGACUCAGUGAAUUCCCCUGGAUGGCCCUGCUGCUGUACGGAGAUCUCCUGGUGCCCCAGUGCGGGGCUUCCCUGGUCAGCGAUACGUGGGUCCUGACCGCCGCCCAUUGUGUGCUGCGGGAGGAUCACCUGGAGGAGCAACUGCGUCGCGUUCGCCUGGGCGUGUGGGAUGUCCGGCAGGCAGAGUAUGGCCAGGACUUUUCCAUCGCAAGGAGCAUUGUCCACGAGAAGUACCGACCAGGCGAGACAACCGGGAGCUAUCUGGAAAGGUACGCCCAUGACAUUGCCCUGCUGCUGCUCGCUGGGACCGUCACCUACACGGAGUUCAUCCAGCCCAUCUGCCUGCCCUCGGUUUUCCAUCCCUCCCGCAGCGAUGUCUACGCGGACUACAACCUGACCAUCGCCGGAUGGGGUCGCACGGGCCACGAAUGCCCGCCCAUCAGUCCCGUGAAGAUCAAGGCUCUUGUCACUGGCUGGUCCACGGACAGCUGUCGAAGGCUCUACCAGGAAGUGAGCCACGGCCAGAUGUGCCUCGGAGGAGGGGCCUCCCGGAGGAGCAGCUGUUUUGGGGACUCCGGCGGCCCGGUGAUGGACGGCAACCAGCUGGUGGGCAUCAUCUCGCUGGGUACGUUCACAUGCGGAUCCGAUCAAAAACCGAUGGUCGUCACGCGGGUGGAUACCUUCGUGAUGUGGCUGGCACAGCACAUGAAUAUUUUAUCGUGGCGUUAUUUAUAAAAACAAACCUAAAUAAAUAGAUUUAAAUACAAAAUAAAGUAAUCAUUUAAAAAAAGCAAUAAGUCGAUUUCGUGUUAUGUCAAGAUCCUGUGAUUAUUAUUGAAAUUCUCGCCAAGUUU